CCUAAAAGCAGUUGAGCUGUAUCGUCAGCAGUUGUUAGUUCAGUAUAUUUACUGUAUUCUCCGCACAUUUCUUAGGGAAACACAGCUGGUAUGGUAAUUUAAUGAGGUAAUUAACAGCGAGCUUUUUAUUUGAAGUGUCGUGGCUGUUAAAAGGGAAAGAAGCCGUCACCGUGGUAACAGUGAUGUAGCAGAUAUUCUAGUUUUGGUAUGAUUUACUUUUGUAACCUUUCCAAGGAAUUAUAAUAUAAGUCCAUCAAUAAAAUUGUGUCACAUUCCCCCUUUCAAAAAAAGAAGCAAGUAUCAAGAAACCUGCAAUGUAUCGAAAACGGCUCAGAACUACAAUAACCGGCAGGCUUGGCAGCGGUGUGACUUUCCUUGUUGCCUGGUAACGCCCCCAAACUAACACGGACCAAGGGGAACAGAGAGCCUAAUGAAAAAGACAGAAUGACAGAGAUGCAGCUAAUUUAACAGCAGAAAUGUCGGAAGGAAAGACAGCAUCAGUCGGUGAACAGGCUGAGAACACACAGUCAGCUUCACAGGAGGAAGAAUGUGAUACUGAAAACUCAGCGGUGAAGCCGGAGGCUAAUGAAGGAUCUACCAAGCAGCUCUCUGCAGACAUGACCUACACAUGUGAGGAGGUUCACUCCAGACCGUUCAUCACGCCGGACUCUGACAUCCCAGAGAACCUCCUGCACCUCUCUCACUCCUUUGGCUAUGACAGUGGACGCAGGGGCAACCUGCAGCUGCUGGAUGACACAACUCUGAUGUUCAUAGCAGGAAAUCUGCUCGUCCUGCUGGACGUCUCCACCAAGGAGCAGAAAUACCUCCGCUCCUGCAGCGGAGGAGGAAUCGGCUCCAUCGCGGCACAUCCCAGUAAGGAGUACUUUGCCGUGGCAGAGAAGGGAAACCAUCCCAACAUUAUAGUCUAUGAAUAUCCCUCUUUACAACCACACCGUAUCCUCAGAGGCGGUACAGAGCGUGCAUACAGCUUUGUGGAUUUUAAUCAAGACGGGAACCUGCUGGCCAGUGUGGGUAGUGAUCCCGACUACAUGCUGACUCUGUGGGAUUGGAGGAAGGAGGAGGUGACGCUGAGCUGUAAAGCCAUUUCUCAGGAAGUUUACAGAGUCAGCUUCUCUCCGUACAACUCGGGACUGCUCACAUCAUCAGGAUCACAUCACAUCAAAUUCUGGAAAAUGGCGAGCACAUUCACAGGUCUUAAACUGCAAGGGCUGAUGGGACAUUUUGGGAAAACGGCAGCGACUGAUAGAGGCUACGUGGAACUACCUGAUGGGAAGGUUGUGUCUGGCUCAGACUGGGGCAACUUGCUGCUGUGGGACGGGAACGCCAUCAAGGUGGAGAUCUGCCGCAAGGAGGGAAGGAACUGCCACGCAGGGAAGGUCCAGCCGUUCCUGGAAGACGGACAGCUCAUGACGAUUGGCUCUGAUGGAGUGGUCCGGGUCUGGGACUUCGAGGGCAUCGACUCUGCCGACAGCAGCGACCACAGCAGCAAGUUUGAGAUGGAGCCCAUGAAUGAGAUGGUGGUGGGACACAACGUCUGCCUCUCCUCUGUGGUGAAGAGCUCAACGCCUGACUCCUUCGUCUGGUUUGCUCAGGAUUCCAACGGAGCCAUCUGGAAACUGGAUCUUUCCUUUACAUACACUACUCCAGAUCCAAAGUGCCUGUUCUCCUUUCAAGCCGGACCGAUCCAAGGCCUGGACGUGUCGAGGAAAUCCCACCUGAUGGCCACGACCACUCUAGACCGAUCAAUUAAGGUUUUUGACUUCCUGGCAAAAAAAGAACUGACCACCAGCCGCUUCAAUCAGGGUGGUACUGCUCUCAGCUGGGCUCCAACUUUGGUGAACCAGAGUGGAGGUUUACUGGUGACGGGCUUUGAGGACGGGGUGGUCCGGUUACUGGAGCUGUUCAACCCUCAGAGGCUACACCUGGCCAGCGGGCGCAGUGUCAAAGGAGAUGCCGAGCUACGCCUCAAACAGGCCUUCAAACCCCAUAAUGCACCUGUGACUGCUGUUGCAUAUGAGCGAAAUGGAGAAAUCUUAGCCACAGGGAGCUCAGACAGAACCGUGUUUUUCUUCACUGUCGGGGAGAAGUACAAACCUAUCGGCUUCAUCCAUGUUCCCGGGCCGGUACAGACGCUGGAGUGGUCGCCUCACUCCCACAGUGAAAACAGGCUGCUCAUCCUGUGUCAGAGCGGUCAUGUUGUCGAGGUGCAGAGUCCCGAUCCAGAAGCACAGAAGCCGACCAAAACCUUCCAGCUGCCUGAACUGCCCAGCAAAGUGUUCAGGUUCAGGAGCAUCAAAUCUCGCAUCAAGAGAGAGGAGGAAAUUGCAAGACGUCAAGAAGUGAAAGAGAAGAAGAGGAAAGAGAGGGAAAAGAGGUUGAAGGAAUCCAAGCAGCCAGAAUCAGAGCUAGAGGAAGAAGAAGAGUUACCUCCUAUCUACAUCCCCGACCCUCCAAGUCCUCUCUGCUGUGGCUUCUACUCUCUGCCAGGACAGUUCUGGAUCUCCAUGGGAGGCUUCGACGCAGGUUUCUUGUAUCACUGUAAGUUCUCGGAGGACCAGGACCAGGAGCCGGACCAGCGUCAGGAUGAACCCUUUGACUUUCGGCCAGUCCACAAUGCAGAUAAAGACCCCAUUUGUUCCAUCACCUUCAGCUCUGACAGGCAGCUGCUGCUCUGCGGCAUGCACUCAGGCUUCAUCAGGAUUUACCUCCUGCAGCCCGGCGACCACACCCUCACCUCCAUGCACGCCUACUGGACGCUCAGCAGCCACGACAACCAGUACGGACAUCUGCGGCACAUCUGCUGUAGCCAUGACGACCGCUUUGUGCUGACAGCAGGAGAUGAUGGAAACAUCUUCUCCUUCAGUCUUCUCCCUCCAGAGGAGCUCCAGAAAGAGCUGCAGAGAAAGAGGGCCAAGGUUCCUUCACCCAGGAGGGGUCUUGAAAAUGAGUUGUUAGCUCAGGACAUCGAGGACCCAGCAGCCUACAGCAUUGAGACAGCUAAGCAGAAGCUGGAGAAGGACCGUCUGCGUCGGGAGGCCGAGCUGAAGAUCGCAGUGAAGCGGAAGAAGCUCGCUGAGCUCCAGAAGGAAUUUAAACUGCUGCUGAACAACAACCAGAGUCUGCCGGAGCACGUUCACCUGAAACCUGGGGAGCUGGAGCUGGACCGGCGGUUCACUGAGCAGGCAGAGAGGGUGAAGGCUCAGCGGGUGAGGGAGGUCAGGAAGCAGAUGAGCUGGGAGGAGGAGCGCUGCAGCAGAGCACUCAGCAAACUACAAGACUGGUUCAGGAACUCUCUGGAGUCCAACAUGGUCACUGUGGUCGCCAUCUGCAGCGAGCACAGAGUCUCCACCUACCGGCUCACAAAGACAUCAGCCCAACAUGUACACCAGAGCAGAGCCAGCAGGCCCGAGGAAGAACAGACCACUGUACAAGGACGCAGAAAAUCCAAAGCGGAGCCUGCAAAGAGCGGCAGCAUAUUAGAAGAGGAGGAGAUCCUGCAUGCCCCCAAGUCUCGCCCAGCAGGCGUAAAGCUGGCAGAUCGACAGGUGGAGAGGCUCCGGAAGGCUGCAGAGAAAGCUGAACAGGCUCGAGCCAAGAUCGAGAAGAGGAGGCAGGAAUGGGCGAAACUGUAUGCAGAGAAACCAGACGAGAACUGUGAGGACCCGCAAGACGUGCACGCCAUCAAGAAAGCCAAAGAGACCAUCGGAGACUUAAAGCUGAAGUCAGACAAAGACUUCACGGUGCCCAAACACCUGAGGAUGAACGCUGAGAGGAAGAGAGCGGAGCUGUUGGGCCUGGAAGACAACAUCCGUCAGAAGCAGAUUGAGAUGAACAGACGGAUCGUGGCUUUGAGGGACUCAAAGGUUGGCCUCCUGUCUCGGCUGCGUGCUCAGGCUGAGCAGGUGAAGAAGAUCCAUCAGCGUCUGCCAGCCCAUCUCCACCGCCCUCCUCCCACUCUCCCCUACAUCUUACCAGAGGAAACCCCAGAGAAGAGGCUGCAGUACAGCCACGCCACACUGGAGCGAUACCGUGUUCUGAGGGAUCAGAGGCUGCAGACCAUGGAGCAGGACGAUGCCACAAGUCUAUUGGAUCAGCUGGAAAAAGUGGAAGAAAAUGAAAAGAAUGGAGAGGAAAGGACACCCAGCCUGUCAGCUUCUUCAGUAACCGGAGAAGAAGAGGAGACAGCAGGGGACGAAGGAGCAGAGCUGAGUGAGCUGGAAGAGGAGCUCCAGAGGGAGGAGGAGAUCAGACUUUUGCACGAGCAGGACUCUCUACUGGAGGAGAUGGAGAGUUCAGUGUGUCAGUUUGAUGCUGAGCUCCAGCUGCUGCGUCACCAGAAGCUCCGUCUGGACAUGCACCUGAAGAUGGCCGACCUCCGGCAGCUGACACUGUACCAGGAGCUGCUGCUAGUCAAGGAGUUUGAAGAGAGGGAGGACAGCCUGCAGGAGAAACUGAACGCUCGCAUCAAGGAGGAGAACAACAUCACGUCUAUGCUGGAAGAGUUUAACGAGCAGCUGACACUGAAGCGGGCAGACAUCGCCCGGCUGCGGGAACGAGAGAAGGCUCUGUUCUCGGCCUUCCAGGCCUCGCUGGGCCUGGAGAACAAGUUUGAAGAGUUUCUCACCAAAGUCUUCAAGAAGAAAAUCAAACGUGUAAAGAAGAAGGAGCCAGCGGAAGAAGAAGAAGAGGAGGAAAGUGAUGACGACUCAGAUGAAGACUCAGAUGAAGAUUCUGACGAUGACGAUGAUGAUAGCAGCUCAGAGGAGGAAGGGGCUGUGGACAGCAGUGUUUGCCCUCCAGGCUGUGAGCCAGAGCUGUUUGAGAACACUCUGCAGCUGCGGGAGCGCCGGCUGGACCUGGAGGAACUCGUGGUGGAGGAGAAGAAAAGUGCAGAAGCUCUGAGGCGGGAGUGUGACACCCUCGUCAAGAAGGAGAAAUCUAUGAAGAGCAGUCGCAAGGCAGCAGAGGAAGACUUGGAGUUAGUCUACAGAGAAAAACAGCAGAAAAUGAAUGAACUGGACAUGGUGGUUCCUCUCAGACUGAACCAGAUUGAGUUUCUCACUAACGGCUCGUUGCCGUCUGACCUCAGCCCAGCGCUGGUUCUGGACAGGACGGAGCUGAACAGGCUGCAGGAGCGAAUCAAGCAGCUGCAGGUGGAGAAGAGCCAACAGAAAGAUCUGAACUGUGCAACCCGCCAGCAGCACGUCAGACUCCUUCAUGACCGCAAGGACAUGAACACCAAGAUUCAGGAGCUGGAGGAGCACUGCAACCAGGUGAUGAUGAUGAAGUACGGGCAGCUGGUGAAUCUGGAGGUAAUGCAGACUUUGUCAGGGAGCAGAAUCCUGGAGGAGCUAAAGCAGGAGAAACUCCUCAAGGAAGCUGCAUAUGCAAAGGAAAUCAAGGAGUGGGAUGUGAAGGUAGAGGAGGCGCGUGAGGCUCUCAUGGAGGUGACCAGGUGUGACACAGUCCGUCUCCGCAGCAUGACGAGCCUCUUUAACCAGAAGAACGAACUGGAGAAUAAACUCAACACAAGGCAGAAGAAAAUGGGCAGACAGUUCCAGGACUACCGGAGGCGUGUGCUCCAGGAGGACAUUCAAUGGCUCAGGGACUUGGUGAAAACACAAUGUCAGCAGGCUGAGGCCUUCAGCAGGGAGAUUUUCCUCCUGUCCCAUCAAGGAGGCCACGUCCUGCCCCCUGGACAACACCCACUACCCUCUAUUGACCCCUUCCCCAUCCCCACAGACCGCACCACCACAGGGGCAGUUUAACUGAGGUCAGAGGUCAAAAGAAGCAUACACAGACACUGAGAUCACUUGAUAGCACGCUGCUACAAAUGGUUAUUCUCAAGAUUAAAAACGGUGAUUCAUUUAGUUGAAUGCUGUGAUUAUUGAAAAUAUAAUACCAAAUGCAAUCAAAGGGUUUGAUUUAGUCAUUAAUAAAAGUCGUCUGCUGUGCUUUGGGAUUUUAAAACCUUGUGUUACUUGUUAACCCUGAUGACGUUUCCUCUCACAUUAUCCUCAGAUGAUUGAAAAGAAAAUCAAAGUAGAGUUAUCAGGAUUUGUAUAUUUUCUUGUUUUUAAAUUAAACGUCUUGACCAACUGGCAAUCUCUGGUU